AUGUCCCUCCGUCUCUCCCUCAGCGCCCUCCGUGCACCGCUGGCACGCGCACAGCUCGCCUCCUCAAGCAGGACCUACGCCACCCGCGUCCAGCCUGCGGGCAUGGGCGAGGGUGAGCGUGGUAUUUGGGACAAGCUCAACUCCCGGUUCCCGGGCACCAGGCUCGAGGUUCAGGACGUUUCCGGCGGCUGCGGCUCGUUCUACGCCAUCUCAAUAUCGAGCCCCGAGUUCAAGGGCUUGUCAAUGAUCAAGCAGCAGCGACUUGUCAACGACUGCCUCAAGGAGGACAUCAAGGGUAUCCAUGGGCUACAGCUCAAGACCAUCGUGGAGGACGCCGAGUAG